CGAGAAGCUGAUAUGAGCUGGUGUGUUGUCUGGUGAACAAGUGAACAAGCUAAGCUACCUCGGUGGUGGUGGGAGUGCUCGAUAAAAGACUCGGUGGCGUACCGAUAGUGAAUCAGAGUGGCGGUCGACUCCGGGCACAUCGGGAGCAAGCCCGUUUCUUUCUGUUCUCGCGUUAUUUACUUGCCACUUCACAUUAGUAAAUUAUAAAUUAAUUCGAAUGAUUACUUGCCCUCGUACUGAACUUCACUCAAUUCAACUCAAGUCAGUCCAGUAAGUUUAAAUAAGCUUCACUGAAAGUAGUUUAAACUUUGCUCGCGAUAUUCGCGCUCGUACAUUUUCAAAUCGAUAGUGUCGUAGCAACGAUGUUGUCCUGACCUGAGGACUUGUGUACGUAAACAUCGCGAACUUUUUCCUGGAAAAAUAUUUUAUUUAAAUAUCUAUUUAAAAAAAAAUUAAACGUGAGUGCAAGUGUUUUUUUUAUUCUUUAUUUUCGUUGGUUAACGUUAGGAAGAAUAUAUAAAUAUGAAGAAUACCUGGAGAACAGAGGGUAAAUUGCUCACCAAUUGGAUCUCUUGUUGUCUGUACACAGCGGUCCUUGUGAUUGUGUUGUGCACUAAGACACAAGAAGCUUCACCUGUUGUCUCUGAUAAUGACGCCAUGAGAUACCUGUCACAAUUCGGAUACUUACCACCGGUUAAUCCAACGAGCGGUGGAAUUAUUUCUGAAGACACUGUUUACAAAGCUAUUAUGGAUUUUCAAGCGUUUGCAGGGUUAAAUAUUACAGGUACAAUGGACAAUGAAACUGCAUCGAUGAUGUCUUUGCCAAGAUGUGGAGUGAAAGACAAAGUCGGAGCUAGCACUGAUGGCAGAUCUAAACGUUAUGCGUUACAAGGAUCAAGAUGGCGAGUGAAAAAGCUCACGUACAAAAUAAGCAAGUAUCCAAGGUCGCUGGAUAAAGCAUCGGUGGACAAAGAUAUUGCCCGUGCGUUUGCGGUCUGGUCAGAGUACACGGACCUGACUUUCACGCAGAAAAAGUCCGGACAGGUACACAUUGACAUAAGAUUCGAACGUGGAGAACACGGAGACGGCGAUCCAUUUGACGGCCCAGGUGGAACUCUUGCUCACGCUUACUUCCCGGUUUACGGUGGCGAUGCACACUUCGAUGACUCUGAGCAUUGGUCCAUCAACAGUUAUCGCGGGACCAAUUUGUUCCAAGUAGCCGCUCAUGAAUUUGGUCAUUCUCUGGGUCUUAGUCACAGCGAUAUCAAAGCUGCGCUGAUGGCUCCUUUCUACCGUGGAUAUGAGCCUAAUUUUCUCCUUGAUAAUGAUGACAUUUAUGGGAUUCAAGCAUUAUACGGUCCUAAAAGUAACGACGUAGCUGGCACAGAAGUCCACCAGCGUACAACCUCAAGCCCAACUGGCGAAGAAGAUUCCGUGUUAUGCACAGACUCGAAAGUAGACACAAUGUUCAACUCCGCAGAGGGUCAUACGUACGUAUUCAAAGGCGAUUACUACUGGAAGUUAACGGACGACGGUGUAGCCAGUGGGUAUCCUAGACUGAUAAGUAGUUCCUGGAAGGGAUUGCCAGGAAAAAUCGAUGCUGCCUUCACGUAUAAAAAUGGGAAAACUUAUUUCUUCAAGGGCUCUAAGUACUGGAGGUACGUCGGUAAGAGAAUCGACGGUGAUUAUCCGAAGGAUAUCAGCGAGGGAUUCACUGGAAUUCCCGACAACAUUGACGCCGUCACCGUUUGGACGGGAAACGGAAAAAUUUAUUUCUACAAGGGAACUAAAUUCUGGAGAUUUGAUCCUGCUCAACGGCCACCAGUUAAAAGCACUUACCCGAAACUUAUUUCUAAUUGGGAAGGAGUGCCCAAUAAUAUGGACGCGGCGCUUACGUAUCACGGGUACACGUAUUUCUUCAAAGAUAAUGCGUACUAUCGGUUUAACGACCGGACAUUCUCGGUGGACGUAGCUGAUCCAGCGUUUCCACGAGCGACAGCAUUCUGGUGGUUCGGGUGCAAAUCAGCGAGUCGAGGGACACUAGGUAAUAUCGCAUGGAAAAAUAAUUACUCAGUAGACCCUUCAGAAAAUGGAAACUUGGAAAAUAACGGCGGUGAUUUCCUUAGCGAUGACUAUGAUAAAGGAAAUGAUGGAGAGAUCAUGUUUGAUACAGGAAGUACUGAUGAACUAGUAACCUCCUCGAAUCAAGACUCUGCUAAUUCUGGAGCUGUUUCUAUCUUCUCGAGGGGAUUCCUGAGGCUAGCCAUCGCUGCGACAGCCCUGAUUAUCACUAAGACCUGUAUAAUUACGUAGGAUAUUUAUUUUUUACGUCUAUGAUCUAAAUUAAAUAUUAAAUUUUGUAAUAUAUCCUCAUUGAAGACUCUUUAAUAUUGUAUGAUUGUUGACAUGUUCAGAUUAUUGUUAAGUUUAAUUGUAAAAAUUAUAAACAUACUUAUAGUGUUUAAUUAAGUUUUACAAAUUAACUGGAAAAAAAAAAAAAAAAAAAAAAAAAAUAGGCCUGUUACACUGCCGCC